AUGGGACCCUCAGAAGAAGGCAAAGCCCUCGCAACCCCCGAAUUCUGGAACACGCGCUACUCGAAAUCCGACGGCUCAACCCCAACCCACGAAUGGUUCCAAACAUUCUCAGCCCUCAAACCGUUCCUCGACCGCCAUCUCCUCCCCACCACAAAAUCAAAUCCCAGAAUUCUCCACCUAGGCUCCGGCGAUAGCACGAUCCCUUUCGACCUCGCGAAGCUCGGAUAUGCGAAUCAGAUCUGUAUCGACUUCUCACAAGUCGUCAUCGAUCUUAUGAACAGCCGAGCGGAUGCUGUCACCUCGGGGAUUGAAUGGAUAUGUGCCGAUGUGCGAGACAUGUCGGAUACCAUCGCUUCGAACUCUGUGGACGUGGCGUUUGACAAAGGUACUCUUGACGCGAUGAUUCAUGGAAGUCCGUGGAGUCCACCUGAAGAUGUGGUUGGGAAUUGUGGGAGGUAUUUAGAUGAGGUUCGGCGUGUUUUGAAAGACGAUGGGGUUUUUCUUUACGUUACGUAUCGACAGCCGCAUUUCAUGAAGCCUUUGCUUAACCCUGAGGGGAAGUGGGAGAUGGAGAUGGAGGUUUUGGGGGGUGGGGGUGGGAGUUCUUUUGAGUAUUUCGGGUGGGGGUUGAGGAAGGGGAAGGAGGCUUGAUGGGUGCUUGCGUUGGGUCUGGAGAUCUGGCGGGGCUGCAUUCGUGGGGACGGUACUCUGGUUCUUUCCACCUCGGGGUUGUUUUGAGUAAUGAUGCUAGCAACUGGUUCAGGUUGGGCUGAUGAGAGCAGAUGCGCGACGAUAAGAGCUCCUCUCAAGCUUUUGUGUGUGCACUCGCAUUAGGCUGCGUUCAAGAUUUCGAUCACGCUGGAUGGAGAAACAAUUGCUCUC